AUGGCCCCAGCUCCGGCCAAGGACCCCAGCCUCUCUUUAGAAAAGUCAGGAGACUCCUGGGGAAAUAAGGCAACGGCCUCCUCCAGUCUCAUUGCUCCGUGGCCACCAGAGACCCUGGGGAUCCACUUAACACCCCAACAAAUCCUCACCAUGCCAGAGACUGGCGGUUGGCCGGGAGCAGCCUUUGCAAUCCCAGAGAUGACAUUCCACAGCGCUGUGCACCAAAGCAAGGCCUGUCAGUGAUAUUUAAAAGCAUCUCUCUCUCUUGACAUCAGAAUCAAUCUUCUGGGAAGAUCCCCCUCAUCUCCACCUUCCCUGAUACAACUGAACAGAGUUCAAGAAAGACACAGUUGGCAAGUUAUCCACUUCCCACCUUGCUUUCUUGGUGAGGAAGAUGGGGAUGCUAAGAGGGCAUGUGCCACGGGACAGUUUUAGAUAAUACAUGAGGAUGUCAGUGUAGAGCCCAAUAGCACAAGGCACGGCCUUUCACAUCAACUGGCAUUUACUGAGCACUGGUAUGUCAGUUCCUUUUCCACAGAAUACUCCAACAUAUGUGCACACACGCUGCCAUAA